ACCCCCCGUCUGCAACUUCAACCACCAUACUUCCAGCCCUAACCCUUUCUUCUACCUUCUCGAAUUCACACCUAAAUUCCUCAAAUUGGACUGUGAUUUCGAUGCAUUUAACCUAAAAGCACGACCGAUUUGAACACAAAUCGAAUCAACCCCACCGAACAACAACCAUAUAUGGCUGCAGGAUAGAUUAUUAUCGCGAUUAUACGUUUCAAAACAAGUGAUCAAUCAAUCGACUUCAUAAGUAGAAUUCAGAGCACCUGAUUUAGGUGCACCAGUGGUUAGAGUAAAUAUGGCGGCGACUCCGCAAAAUGUUGAGAUGGAAGCAGCAAAGUUUCUGCAUAAGCUUAUUCAGGAAUCCACUGAUGAGCCUACAAAAUUGGCUACAAAGUUACAUGUGAUUUUGCAGCACAUGAGAUCCAGUGGAAAAGAAAAUUCAAUGCCGUAUCAAGUUAUAUCAAGGGCUAUGGAGACGGUUAUAAAUAGACAUGGUCUUGAUAUCGAGGCUUUAGUAUCAUCACGACAACCGGUGACCAGUGGGACUCAAGCUGGAGAAUCAUCCCUAUCCCAAAUUGCAGGUUCUUCACAGCAAACUGCAGUGGAAAAUGAUAUGAAGAAAAAAUUAACGACGGAAGACACUGCAAAAAUUUCAACAUUUUCAAGCAAACCGCUGCAUGUUCCUAGCGGUUUAGGGCAUGACAUCUAUCAAGGAUCUGCAAGUCAACUUCCAUCUAUUAAGAGUCAUGGAUCAAAUGCCGGUACUUCUGGUUCAUAUGAAUCAGCAGAACCUGGGAACCCAAGAUCCAUGCAGUUCAGCAAUUCAUACGAUAACCAGAGUGCUUCAAUGUUGAUGCAUAAAGGCCCAACUGGAAAGACAUUGGAUCAUGAAGGUGGCCUUCCAAAUGUAAUGGCAAGUGCAAGUAAGACCGUUCAGGGUGGGAUCUCAAACAAUGUUGCUGAAAUGGGAAUGCUUCAAAAUGAAGCUUCAAGAGAUGCUGGAAAAUUACCAGCUUUACAGUCUUCUUCUGCUGGACCUUCCAUGCCUUUUAAGGAACAUCAUUUAAAACAACUCAGAGCUCAAUGCCUUGUAUUUUUGGCUUUCAGGAAUAAUUUAAUGCCAAAAAAGUUGCAUCUUGAGAUUGCACUGGGGAAUGUUUUUCCAAAGGAAGAUAUAUCUAGCAUUGAGCAAAAGGGAAAAGAGCAGUCUAUGGGCCCUGGUUCUUCGAGCAGUGUAUUUGUUUCAGAAACAAAUCUUUUGAGAGAAGGCGAGAAACUUGAUAGGAUGAUAGAUAAAAAUGAUCCACCUUCUGGUCUUCCUGAACAUGGGAAUGCUAUGAUUUCCAGGAAAUUUGAGGCAGACAUUCAAGAAACAAAAGAAUCUCAGGCUCUUGCCACUAAAUUGGCGCAAUCAGAUCCUACUAGCAUUGCACCACAUGCAGAAAAUCGGCAUGCUCAUACUCAUUUGUCAAGUUUUCCUUUGAGUGAAAGACAGAUGAUGGUGCCAAAGAAUGCUAAUAUUCUGGAAAAGGAUGUAAUACUUGCAGGAAACAAUCUUGACAGGGAAAAUACAUCUGAACUGAGUACAUCACCACCAUCACCAAAGUAUACUACAUCUGAAAAGUGGAUUGCAGAUUGCCAAAAGAGAAAAGUUGCUGCUGAACAGAACUGGGCUGUUAAAAAGAAGAAAACAGAGCAAAGGAUCUCAGCUUGUGUUGAGAAAUUAAAGGAAACAGUUAGCUCUUCUAAAGACAUUUCUGCAAAAACCAAAAGUGUCAUUGAAUUAAAAAAGCUUGAACUCCUAAAUCUCCAGCGUCGCCUCCGGAAUGAGAUCCUGACUGAUUUUUUUCGACCUAUAUCGCAUGAGAUGGAUCGCUUAAAAUCAAUUAAGAAACAUAAGAUAGGCCGAAAAUCAAAGCAAGUUGAGAGACAUGAACAAAAGAUGAAGGAAGAACGUCAAAAGAGAAUUCGAGAAAGACAAAAGGAUUUCUUUGGUGAAAUGGAACAGCACAGGGAACGACUAGAAGAUUUAUUUAAGUAUAAGAGAGAACGGUUGAAGGGCUUUAACAGGUAUGCAAGAGAGUUUCAUAAAAGGAAGGAAAGACUUCAUCGCGAGAAAAUUGACAGAAUUCAACGGGAAAAGAUCAAUCUGUUAAAAAUCAAUGAUGUGGAGGGUUAUCUUCGAAUGGUUCAGGAUGCAAAAUCGGAUCGGGUGAAACAACUAUUGAAAGAGACUGAAAAGUAUCUUCAGAAGCUUGGAUCUAAGCUGAAAGAAGCAAAAGUUCUGACAGAUACGAAUGGUGUAAAUGACAGUGGUGAAUUUACAAUUGAAAAUGAAGAUGAAACAGACCAGGCGAAGCAUUAUAUGGAGAGCAAUGAAAAGUACUAUCUCAUGGCUCAUAGCAUCAAAGAGACUGUAGCGGAACAGCCAAGUACUCUUGUUGGUGGAAAAUUGCGAGAGUAUCAGAUGAACGGGCUAAGAUGGUUACUGUCUCUAUACAACAAUCAUUUGAACGGAAUUCUUGCAGAUGAAAUGGGACUGGGGAAAACUGUUCAGGUUAUUUCCUUACUCUGUUAUCUCAUGGAAAACAAAAAUGAUAGAGGGCCCUUUUUGGUGGUUGUCCCAUCCUCGGUUCUGCCUGGGUGGGAGUCAGAAAUUAGCUUUUGGGCCCCAAGCAUGAACAAAAUUGUCUACUCUGGGCCUCCUGAGGAGCGCCGAAAAUUAUUCAAGGAGAAAAUUAUUCAGCAAAAAUUCAAUGUUCUUUUGACAACAUACGAGUAUCUCAUGAACAAACAUGAUAGACCAAAACUGAGCAAAAUACAGUGGCAUUAUAUUAUAAUUGAUGAAGGUCAUCGCAUUAAGAAUGCUUCUUGCAAGUUAAAUGCAGACUUGAAGCAUUAUCGUAGCUCUCACAGAUUGCUUUUGACUGGAACUCCUUUGCAGAACAAUCUUGAGGAAUUGUGGGCACUUCUCAACUUUCUGUUGCCAAAUAUAUUUAAUUCGUCGGAGGAUUUUUCUCAGUGGUUCAACAAACCGUUUGAGAGUAACGCAGAUAACUCCCUUGAAGAGGCUUUGCUUUCUGAGGAAGAAAAUUUGUUAAUCAUAAAUCGUCUUCACCAAGUUCUGCGACCAUUUGUGCUUAGGAGACUGAAGCACAAGGUUGAGAACGAGUUGCCUGAAAAGAUAGAGAGACUUGUAAGAUGUGAGGCUUCUGCAUAUCAGAAGCUAUUGAUGCAGAGGGUAGACGACAAUCUUGGUGCAUUUGGGGUUUCAAAGGCUCGAGCAGUGCACAAUUCAGUCGUUGAACUACGAAAUAUAUGCAAUCAUCCUUACAUCAGCCAGCUACAUAAUGAAGAGGUUCAUGAACACGUUCCCAAGCAUUAUCUUCCUAAUAUUAUAAGGUUUUGUGGGAAGCUUGAGAUGUUAGAUCGGCUACUGCCCAAGCUUAAAGCCACUGAUCAUCGGAUUCUUCUAUUUUCAACAAUGACUAGGCUGCUUGAUGUUAUGGAGGAUUAUUUGUAUUGGAAACAGUACAAGUACCUUCGCUUAGAUGGACAUACAUCUGGUGGAGACCGUGGGGCCUUAAUUGAUCAGUUUAACAAUCCAGGAUCACCAUUUUUCAUAUUCCUGCUCAGCAUUCGCGCCGGAGGUGUUGGAGUGAAUCUUCAAGCUGCGGAUACAGUCAUCAUUUUUGACACAGAUUGGAAUCCACAGGUUGAUCUGCAAGCACAAGCCAGAGCUCACAGAAUAGGUCAGAAGAAGGAUGUACUCGUUCUUCGGUUAGAAACUGUUAAAUCGGUGGAGGAACAAGUUAGAGCUUCAGCCGAGCACAAGCUUGGAGUUGCUAACCAGAGCAUAACUGCUGGCUUCUUUGACAAUAACACGAGUGCGGAAGACCGAAGAGAAUACUUGGAGGCCCUGCUGCGGGAGUGUAAGAAAGAGGAAGCUGCUCCUGUUUUAAAUGAUGAUGCUCUCAAUUAUCUCAUAGCCCGGAGCGAGUCUGAAAUUGACAUAUUUGAGGAAAUUGAUAAAAAACGGCAGGAAGAGGAGCUGGCUGUAUGGAAAAAGUUGGUUUUAGAACAAGGGGGAACAAGUAGGGAAUCCAUACCUCCCCUUCCGUCUAGGCUUGUGACAGAAAACGAACUGAAAUCAUUCUGUGAAGCUAUGGAGGCAAUUGAAGUUCCCAAACCUGUGGUUUUACCUGGUAUCGCGGGUAAAAGGAAGGGUGAGCUUGGGAACUUAGACACUCAUAAUUAUGGAAGGGGAAAACGAGCAAGAGAGGUGCGUUCUUAUGAGGAGCAAUGGACAGAAGACGAGUUUGAGAAGUUAUGUCAAGUUGAGGCACCUGGUUCCCCCAAACCUAAUGAAAAACCUAAAGAAAAGGGUUUGCCUAUUGGUGCAGAAGGUGUUGGAUCGUCAAACAUACAAAUCAAGGCAGAAGGUGUUGUUGGAUCGUCAAACAUACAACCAACACAACUUCCUGAAAGUGCAACCGUUCAACAAAUCAAGGCGGUAAAUCCACCACAAAAACGGGGCCGUGGAAGGCCUAAAAAGAACAAGACAGGAAUUGCUUCAUCUCCAAUUGGCCUUCCAGUUUCUCCAGUAACUGUUUCAUAUGCUGUUAAAAGUGAAACUUCUGUUAAACUACUUGGAAAACAAACUGAUCCUGGCUCUGGCUCUCAGUUGAAUGUUACUAGCCUUUCUGGCUCCAGUAUAAACCCCCCUGAUAGUAAGUCAACGGUUACUUUAACAUCUGCUGCUACUAAUGCCAUCCUGGCGCCCCCUCCUGGGUUUCCGCCAACAACAGAUCAUCCUCCUGGUUUUCAGCCCACCGUUACUCCUCCAAGUCAAAAACCGUUAACCGCUCCUCCAGGCUAUCAACCAUUGACCACUCCUCCUGGUUAUCAGCAAAUUACCCCUCCACCCCCUGGAUUCCAACCGAAAAUCACGUCAACCUCUACUGUUCUUCCUAAUUCUCCAGAAAACCCCACUGUUCUUCCUACUCCUCAAACAACCCCUACCCUUCCUGCUAGUGUUCAGUCAACACCUACUGUUCUUGCUGGGCCCCAGUCAACCACAACUAUCACCACUAGUAUUCCUACUGGCACACUUUCAAGCGCUACAUUAACGGUGACUCCUGUCUCGCUGCCAAUGCUCUCCCCAACCUCAACCGAUUCUCAGUCUGCUAUAUCUCCUUCUGCAGUCACACCUGGUCGGGGUCGAGGUAGGGGUCGGGGUCGACCUCGCGGCCGAGGUAGAGGUCGUGGUCAUAUUGUUGAAAGUGAAGUUGAUACACCCAUGCCCCCACAGCGUAGGGGUAAAAAGCAGAAUCAUAUUGUAUUAGCUAUUCCUGGUGUUCAGAGUUCUCCAGUCGGUAAGCCAGAAACAGGUUCUGCAGUUAUUAAGCCAGAAACGGGCUCUGCAGUCGCUCAGCCAGAAACGGGUUCUUCUGUCAGUAAGCCAGAAAUCAGUAAGCCAGAAAUCAGUAAGGCAGAAACAGUUUCUGCAGCUGGUAAGCCAGAAACGGGUUCUGGAGCUGGUAAGCCAGAAACAGGUUCUGCAGUUAGUAAGCCUGACACGGGUUCCGCAGUCGGUAAACCAGAAACCGUCGGUAAACCAGAAACGGCCGGUAAGCCAGAAACGUGGUCUUCUGUCAGCAAGCCUGAACCAGGGUCCUCAGUUGGCAAGCCUGAAACUGGUUCUCCAGCGGCCCCAUUUACUGCUACUGAAACAGGCAAUGAGACUUUGGUUUCUGAGCCAACUCCUGUAACUGCGGUGACAGUUGCCACUCCUGUAAUUUUAACUGCUUCUGAAGUCCCCAGAUCUGAUAUAGCAUCGCCAAGACCACCAGUUUCUUCUGUCGCUGUGGCAGAUGUUGAUGUUGGGACCACACAGAUGCCGGUUUCUGGUUCUGUUGGAUCUCAGCCCAGUGUGAGUUCUCAGACAGCCACACCUGUCACCGUUCCAGUCAGCUCUCUCCCAGUGUCUCCUGAUUCCACAUCGAAGAAAGGUAGAGGAAGGGGAAGAAAGGAUCAAAGUGGAGUGGACCCACAGCCACAACCACCCCGUCGCAGGGAAAGGAGGAAGAAGGAUGAUACUGUAGAUGUGCAGGAUCAGAAAUCUAAUGAACCUGCACAGAAGAGAACACGAGCUUCUUCUGGGAGAAAAACUGUUGCUACAAGAAGUAUGGCACGGAAUCAAGCUUCUGAAAUAGCUGAACCAUUGCCAAAGUCUUCGUCAAAAGUGAGAGAAAAAUCAAGCAUAUUAGUAGAAGUUGAUACAUUAAGCAAGUCCGUUGGUGCUAGCAGAGUAGAUGAUAGUAUAAGCACCCGCAAGGAGAAGGUUGAACCAAAAGACGUUUUGGUAGCAGAUAAACCAGGGUCAAAGUCUCACGAUGCUGUUGAAAUUGCCAAGCCCAAGGAAGAUUUGGAUCCCAAAGAAUCAAUAAAUUUGGUGGGAGAAAGAGAGUCCAAAUCAGAGGCUUCAGCGGGGAAAGAGUCCAAACCAUCAAAAGAAGUUGAGCUUUUAACAGCAGUAACUGAGAACGAGGAACAAGCGACAGAGUGCAGUGCUUUAGAAGGCGGUGGCAAAGAUAAUAAAACUGAAUCUGUCACGUCAGAAAAUGAAGUUUUAGUUGAACAGAAGACUGAAGAAAAAGUUCCUGCAAUCAAUGAUGGAGACACUCUGGAGGCUAACUCAGCUGAAAACGAGGAACAAGCGACAGGGUUCAGUGCUUUAGAAGACGCUAGCAGGGAUAAUAAAACUGAAUCUGCCGCAUCAGAAAACAAAGUUUUGGUUGAAAAGACUGAAGAAAAAGAUCCUGCAAUCAAUGAUGGAGGCACUCUGGAGGCAAACCCUGCUGUCAAAAAUGAUACUGCAAUCAAUGAUGGAGACACACUGGAGGCAAAGCCUGCUGAAGAAAACAUUGUUGAAAAAGAUCCUGCAAUUAAUGAUGGAGACACUCUGGAGGCGAACCCCGCUGAAGAAACUGUUGUCGAAGAUGUUCAGAAGGCACCAACUCCUAUUGUGCAGACUGGGAUCACUGGAGAAUCCCCAUCGGAAACUGACUCCACUUCCUCUAAAACGACUGAAGCAAUUUCCCAGGGAGAACCUGUACACGAGGAGAAGGAACAAGAAGUUAUUGAUCCUAUAACAAAAGAAGUGGAUGAUCCUAACAUUACACAGGAUGGUAGAGAUGGUGUUGCAACCAUUGAAGGAAGGGACGUGGUUGAGACAGGUGCUAAAUCUGCUGAGGAAUCUGUGGAUGCCUUCCAGGAAGAAAUAGCAAGUGACAAAGCAACAUUGGAAGCCAGUAGUACUAUGGUAGAAGAUGUCAAACCCUCCGAAAAGGUCGAGGAUGCCUCCCGUUCUCAUGAAGAAAGUGAACAUGAGAAACAAGUGGGAAACAAUGAUGGCAUUAAUAAGGGGGAAAAAGAAGAGGAUGGGUGUACAGUGAUGGAGAUAGAUAACAAAUCCCCUGAAAAGAUGGAGGAUAUUGGUCAAGAUGAUGCUGACAAGGAUUUGAUCAAAGAGGAAGAAGCUCCUGCUGCACAGGAGGAAAUAGAGGAAGCCUCUGUAACUAUCGACACUGAUAGUGCUAUGCCGAUGGAGAUGGAUGCCAAACCUUCUGAAGAGGAUGCUGAUGCCCAAAUACAGGAUGAAACAGGAAAACGAGAUACCGAUACAGAAAAUGUUAACGGGUCAGAAUCCGCCAUGGAAGCGGAAAUCAAUAGUGAUAACCCGAAAGAACGAGAUGCUGAUGUCGGGCAGAACACAGAAUCCCAGGAUAAUUCACUCACCGACUCUACCUCCAAUGAACUAGAGAAUUCUUUGGAGGGCAAAAGUGGCAAUGAUGAAAAAGAACGAGAUGUUGAUGUCGGGAAGAUCGACAACUCUACCUCCAAUGAAGUUGAGGGCAAUGAUGAAAAAGAUUGCAAACCUCCUGUUGAAUCCAUGGAAGCAAUAAACGAGGCGUCUGUUGCAGAAGAAAUAUCGACAGAUGUGAAAUUAGACAUAUCAAGUGAGCAUCAGAAUCUUGUAGCAAAAAGCCCAGGCAGGGAAGGAGAAGGCAAAAGUGAGAAUUUGGAAAUAACAGAGGAAUGUAAAAGUACUCCAGUUGCGGAUGAGGUAGAAGUUGCUGCUGCAAAAAGCCCAGGCGUGGAAGGAGAUACCAGUGAACUCCAACAGGCUGAUGAUCCAGCAAGCAAUGAUGUUACUUCAGUAGCUAAAGAAGCAGACUCAGGGACUGUUGAUUCAAAAAUUGAAGAAGGCGGUGGUAUGGACAAACAACAAGAUGACAAAAAACAGGAAACUGCUCCUGAAAGCUCUCCAGUUGAAGUAGCUGCUGCGGCUCAAGUAGAAAAAUGAAGAAGUUGCUGCUGUGGAGGUUGAUGAUUUUAAAACAGAGGGUGCAGUCAAAGAACAGGUAGCUGAUGAGUGGGAUUAGUUAUUAAUUUAAGGAACCGAGCAUUAGCUGUAAUUAAAUGAUUGAUGGUUUAGCUUUCUGUAAGCGAUAUAAAUAUUAGGACCUCAGUGCUCUAUAAUCUAAUAUGAUAUCUUGUUAUUUUGGUAUUCUGAUGACAUGGAGGUUUAGUAUUUAACCGAAAUUAUGAUUAUAUAAUGUUAAGCUGUCUUAUUAUUUAUUGUUA